UCAUUCGAAAAAAUUCCCCUUUUUUAUUUUUCGCUCCAGAUCUACCCGCGCUUUUCCAAAAGAAUUUUCCCGCAAAAUUUUGCAGUUGUAUUUUCCGAAUCUGACUAAUAUGUUCCAUUGCACCACACCACUCUUUAUUCAACUGUUUUUGUUCACAAAUUUUUUCUCUCUUCAAAGCACAAACAAAACCUACUGAUAACUUCCAUGGCGGCCGUGAAAGAAACCCUAGAAGAGAAGAAGCACGAAAAGGAAUCAAUUGAGAAAGAGGAGAAGGCGAAAAAGAGUAGCGAAGAAGAAAAAGAGAGUGCAGAGGAAAUGGACGUAGACAAAGAAGAUGAGAAGGUGAAGGAAGAAGUUGUGAAGAAGGUAGAAGAUGGAGGUGUAGAGAAAGAGGAGGAAGGGAAAAGUGAUGAUGCGAUUUCGCCCAAAACACCAGGUUCCAGGCCGACGAGGGAAAGGAAAACAGUGGAGAGGUAUUUUGAGUCUCUGAUUGCUAGAGGAUCUGCAACCAAACCCUUGUCCAUUGAGAAGGGUCAAGGUACACAGCUGAAGGACAUCCCAAAUGUGGCAUAUAAGUUGUCCAAGAGAAAACCGGAUGACAACCUGCAGAUACUGCAUAGCAUUCUUUUUGGCAAGAAGACAAAGGCACAUAAUUUGAAGAAAAACAUAGGGCUGUUUUCUGGAUAUGUUUGGGUUGAAAAUGAGCAGGAAAGACAGAGGGUAAAAAUCAAAGAGAAGCUUGACAAGUGUGUCAAAGAAAAGCUACUGUUUUUUUGUGAUAUACUCAAUAUCCCAGUUAGUAAAUCUGCAACAAAGAAGGAUGAGCUCUCUGUGAAGUUAUUAGACUUCCUGGAAUCUCCUCACAGUACAACUGAUUCUUUGCUUGCUGAGAAGGAACAGAAGAGUAAGAAGCGAAAAUCAAAGGGAAAAACUUCCAAAAGCACAGGUUCCUUGGACAAACCUGCAGGAAAGUCAGCAAAGAAGCAUCAGAAACCAAAACUAGAGGAAGAUGAAACUGAUGAGGAGCCAUCAAGUACCAGAGAUGAAUCCGGUGCUGACAAUGAUGAUGAGGAAGCCAAUGAAGUAGGAAGUGAUCAUGAAGAGAGUGGUUCAGAAAAAGAGGAAGAAAAAAAUGAAGAGCAAGAGGCAGAGGAAGAGAAACCAAAGAAAAAGAAGUCCAAUGGGAAUGUUUCUUCAAAGAAGGAUUCUGGAAACAAAGUAACAGAGAAGCCCAAGGCUGUGAAAAAGGAUAACCCUGCUAAAUCCCCUAAAAGCAUGACUAAAUCUACCAAAGUGUCUUCAAGUACAGCUUCCAAAAGAGGUGCUUCUGGUGCUGAUUCACUAGUUACACCUAAGAAACAAAAAGUUGAAAAGAAAAGUCAAAAAGAAGACAAUGAGUCAGUGAAGGAAAAUGCUUCAAACAAGAAAAAAUCAACCAAGACUCCUGCUAAGGUUUCUGAAAAGGAAGGAAAAGGAAUAAGUGGCAUGAAGGCCAAGGCAGAGCCCAGCAACGAAGAAAUUCAUGCAGCAGUUGUAAAUAUUCUGAAAGAAGUGGAUUUUAACUCUGCAACUUUAUCUGAUAUCAUCCGAAAUCUAGGUAGCCAUUUCGGUGUAGAUUUGAUGCAUAGGAAAAUAGAGGUGAAGGCUAUCAUCACUGAUGUAAUAAAUAACAUGAGUGAUGACGAAGAAGGGGAUGACCCUGAGGCUGAGAAUGAUGAAGAAAACAAUGAAGGGGAUGACCCUAAGGCUGAGAAUGAUGAAGAGAAAAAUGAAGGUGAUGAUAGUGAUGCUUAAUUUAUGAGUCUAGUAGAAGGAUAGGUUUAAGGUUUUAUACAUCUUGUUAGUAGUUUUUAUUUAUAUUAGCUGGAUUAAGAUGGUGACCCCGAUGGGUUCGUAUAUAAGGCAUUUGUUUUGCCUUUGCUUGUUCUAGAGUUAGUCUUUGCAUUUCUUUUAUAGCAACAGUAUACCAUCUGAUGCUGAAUAUCAUAGUUAUCAAUUUCUUGUAUUUAUGUUGCUGCACUUCUCUUUGCUUAA